AUGACUGAGAGUGAACCCAUGAUGGAUAACUCAGAGGAGGAAGAGUUAGAUCGUAAGAGUCUGAUCAACAGUCCAAACUCAGGUGACAUUCUAAACCCUCUCGACAUAAUCACUGCUCUCUUUCUGUGUUCUGAUGCUUUUGUACAGCAGGAAAUAUCACUCAAAAUGUCCAUGUGUCAGUUCUCUGUGCCUCUGCUGCUUCUUAAUUGUGACACACAGCAGUGCACACUCAUGCUUUGGGCCAUGAGAGACAUUGUUAAAAAGUACAGACCUCAGUCACUCUCACAGUCAAAGGGCUUUAUUGAAGACAGAAUUGUUCUCUCUGAACUUCCAGUGAUCUCUUUUGUGAGACUGGGUGAGUGCUCUUUGUCCAAGUCAGAGAUUCUCAAUAAGCUUCUGAGCAAUUCUCAGCAGUACCAUGACACUUUUGUUCACCACGACAUGGAGGGUGGUGACAGUCCCAGAAAAAUAUCUGACGGACUGACUGAAAUUACCUGGUACCUCCCUUGUGGAAACAAAAACAUGGACAUUUUCAGUGAGCCAGUGGCUAUAGCUAACCUUCGUGGGGACAUUGCUUCAUUUGAAACACAAUUUUCUUUCUUGUUUAAAACAUCUGCAGCAGUUUAUGUGUUCUUUGACGAUCUAAACUCUGGAUGCAGACGACUGACCAACCAGCACCACAAGGCACAGUGA